AUGGCCCUGUCUGAUCCGUUUUUUACACUGCGAUACGACGCUAGAGGGCAAAGGGGUUUCACUAAUUUACAAAAAUGUACGUCGGCCAUUCACCAACUGACAUAUGGUUACGCACCCGAUGCAUUAGACGAGUAUUUAAGGAUGUCCGAAAGAACCGCACGUCUAUGUUUGCACAGGUUUUGCGAAUUGGUUGUCAAAUUAUAUAGCAAGAGAUACUUGCGGAGACCAAACGCAAACGAUGUUCAAAAAUUAUAUCAAGCACACGAACAAAGACAUGGUUUUCCAGGAAUGCUUGGGAACAUUGAUUACAUGCACUGGCCGUGGCAGAACUGCCCUACUGCCUGGCAAGGUCAGUAUACUAGGGGAGAUCAUGGUCAUCCCACUAUUAUUCUAGAGGCUGUUGCGUCACAGGAUCUCUGGAUCUGGUAUGCUUUUUUUGGUCUAUCGGGUUUGCUUAAUGACCUUAACAUUUUAUACCAAUCACAGAUAUUUGACGAUGUAGUGGCGGGAACAGGUCCAGACACAAGUUUUACGGUUUCGGGGGUGGAAUACAGGUGA